AUGAAUAUUUACGAGUGGUGUGACAACUAUAUUAAAGCCAAUAUUAACAUCAAUAAUGAUUUGAAAUGUCAGGGUAUUUUUGUGUACGGGAAUCCAGUUUUUCAGAAGCGGAGGAAGCUAUGGCAAGAGCUAACGAUAAGUAAUAUGAACAAGGAGGAACCCCAAGCUUACAUGGGUGACUUCAAUGAUAUUUUAAGUCAAGAUGAGAAGGUAGGUGUCCAUCCUCAACCAAAAAACUGUUUAGAAACUUUUAGAAAAUUUGUUGAUGAUAAUGGCUUAAUGGAUGUUGACAGUUCGGACCAUUGUGCACUUAUUUUAGAAACUCAACCGCGAGGACGGAUAAAAAAAGAGUUCAAGUUUGAGGCUUUUUGGGCAGAUCACGAGGAAUGCAAAGAAGUGAUCAGGAAUAGUUGGCAACAGGAUGAGGGAAACAGGAAUUGCUGGAAUCAAUUCAUAAGGAAAAGAAACAGAUGCAAAAGGGAGCUAAUCGAAUGGAGUAGACGAAAAUUCAAGAGAGCAGACAAAGAAAUAGAAAGAAUGAAAACAGAGUUACAUAAGAUCCAAGAAGCUGAUUUGAUGGACAGAGACCAAGGAAGAGAGAAAGAAUUGAAGAUCAAAAUAUCAGAACUUUGGAAACAAGAGGAAAAAUAUUGGGGUCUCAGAUCAAGGCUGAAAUGGCUAAAGUGGGGCGAUAGGAAUACUGCCUUUUUUCAUGCAUCGACCAUCCAAAGAAGAAUCAGGAACAGAAUAGAUAGAGUGAAAGAUGGAACGGGUCGGUGGAUACAAGGGGAAGCAAACAUAAUGAGGCUAGUAGAAAGGCAUUAUACCGAAUUGUUUGUUUCGGAAGGGGAGAGAAACAUGGAAGAGUGUGUAAAAGACAUUCCAAGGAGAGUCACUAGGGAGAUGAAUGAGGAGCUCAUGGCUAACAUUAAUGAGGAGGAAAUAAAGGAGGCAGCAUUUAGUAUGGGGGGGUUAAAGGCUCCAGGGCCAGAUGGUUUAAACGGGUUAUUUUUUCAACAACACUGGGAUAUUCUGAGUAAAGAUAUUUGUGCACUAGUGAAGCAAAUUUUUGAAGACGGCGUUAUACCGGAGGACCUAGGGAAAACAACGGUUGUUUUAAUUCCUAAAGUAAGUCGGCCGGAAAGCCUCAACCAACUCAGACCGAUUAGUUGCUGUAACUUUGUAUAUAAGAUCGUAACAAGAGUCUUGGUGGGAAGACUAAGUAAAGUACUUGAUCUCAUCAUUUCCCCAGUCCAGAGCGCUUUUGUUAAAGGAAGACUCAUACAAGAUAAUAUAGUUAUUAUGCAGGAAGCUUUUCAUAAGCUAAAUAGGAAAGGAAACUUGGGAAGUCAAGAUCUAGCCAUAAAAUUGGAUAUGAAUAAGGCCUACGAUAGACUGGAAUGGAGCUUCUUGCAAAGGGUUAUGGAAGAGUUUGGUUUCAGUAGUGAGUGGGUGAGGUUGGUGAUGAGCUGCGUGAAAAGUGCUACUUACAGAUUUAAAAUAAAUGGAAACCUGUCAACCAAGAUCUACCCACAGAGAGGUCUCAGGCAGGGAGAUCCUCUAUCACUCUACUUAUUUAUCCUGGUGGCUGAAAGCUUCACUGUUCUCAUGGAAAAGGCGAUGAGUGAUAAGCUUAUUUCUGGAAUUAAACUUGCACCUUCUGCACCGGUUAUUACUCAUUUGUUAUUCGCUGAUGACUGUAUAAUUUUUGCAGGUGCGCAGGAAGAAGAGAUUUAUCAGCCCAUUCAGAUUCUAAAUAAAUAUACCGAAGCAUCAGGCCAGAGAAUCAACACUGAGAAGUCUGGGUUGAUAUUUGGUAAUCAAGUAUCUAUUCAAAAAAGGGUUAAUAUAGAGGAGAUCACCGGAAUGGCAUCGUGGGAGGAUCUUGGGAGAUACCUAGGGUUACCAGCGAGAUGGGGCAGGUCCAAAAAUAAGGCCUUAGAAUGGAUAAAGGAGAAGAUACUAGAUAAGAUGCAAGGAUGGAAAGAGAAACUAUUAAAUCAAGCAGGAAAGGAGGUUUUGAUAAAGGCGGUAAUACAAGCGAUUCCAACCUACGCUAUGAAUGUCAUCAAAUUCCCCAAAUCUUUUUGCAAAAGCAUUGAAGCAGCAAUUGCGAGGUUCUGGUGGACAAAUAAUGGAAAGGAAAGGUCCAUUCAUUGGAAAGGGUGGUCAAAUUUGACAAAGUGCAAACUAAAUGGAGGAUUGGGGUUUAAGGAUGUAGAAUGCCAAAACAUUGCGCACUUGGCGAAACAAGCAUGGAGAUUACUAAAGGAGGAGGAUGCAAUCUGGGCUAAGACACUAAAGGCCAUUUAUUAUCCAAAUUGUAGCCUGUGGGACGCCGAAGAAGGAAGGAACGCGUCAUGGAUAUGGAAGAGCUUGUUGGAAGGGAGAGACUUCCUUAGAAGGAGAGGUAGAUGGAGCGUAGGGAGUGGAACAGAAAUUGACAUUUGGAAAGACAAUUGGGUGAUGGGAAUGAACAAGCUGGGGAGACAUGGCGAAGGGCAACCCAGAAGGGUCAGCGAGUUGAUAAAAGAGGGUGAGGGUUGGGACGCGAACAGAAUUCAGGAGUUAUUUUCGGAGAACAUAGCUGAUUUAAUUAAAAGAAUACCCAUAAGUUUGAUUAACAAGAAAGAUCAUUUUGUAUGGCCGGAUAGAUUGGAUGGACAAUAUUUAGUGAAAUCUGGAUACUAUUCUGCGAAGGUGGAGAAAGAUACAAAGGAGGAGAUAAAACAAAGCAAAGCCUCAACAAGUCAGAAUGUUAGGGAGGUGUGGGAAACUAUUUGGGGAUUACCAGUGCCACAAAAGGUAAAGAUGAUCUUUUGGAAAGCAGCUCAUAAUAUAUUGCCAGUGAACGUUAAUUUGUAUCAGCGUAGAUGCGCAGUUAAACCAUCAUGCACCAUAUGUCAGGCUGAGAACGAAACAGUCGAACAUGCAUUACUAUUGUGUCCGUGGACUAGGGUAGUUUGGUUCGGUUCUAGCCUUCAAAUUGCGCCUACAGCCAACAAUGUUUCAUCUUUCGAGAAAUGGAUGAUGGAUACAGUUCGGAAGAUAAAGAGCGGGACAGGGAAGGAACAGGACAGAAUAUUGUGUAAACUGGGAAGUGUUUGUUGGUGCAUAUGGAAGGCAAGGAAUCAGCACAUUUACCAGCAAAUAAGAAUCAAUCCAAAACAGGCAAUUAUCAACGCAGAACAGCUAGCAACAGAUUAUCACAAUACAACAAGGAGUCGCAGCACAGACAACACAUCAAGAGCAGAUAGGAGUGGUGAAAGGAAGAGGAUUACCUGGAGGCCCCCGCCACAAAACAGGCUGAAGGCGAAUACUGACGCGGCUUUCCAUAGGGAAUCUGGCAUCGCAGCUGCAGCAGUCGUCGUCAGAGAUUGGCAGGGAAAGAUCAUUACUGGAACAACAUCAAGGUUCAUCACAAAUUCAGCAAUAGCAGCAGAGGCUCAGGCAUAUAGAGAGGCACUUAUUCUGAUUAGGAAUUUACAAAUGGACAACUGCUUAAUUGAAACUGACUGUUUACCUUUGGUUCAAGCCAUCAAGGCUAGAAUGCCGAUAGCAGAAGCGGAUGCUAUCAUCAGAGACAUUUUCCAGCUGCUGGACGAGACUCCGGACGUGGGAGCUACCUGGACUCCAAGGGAAGGCAAUAGUGUAGCUCACCAACUGGCAGCAAUGGCAGCAGGGAAUGAAAUCAGGAGGCAGUGGAUAUUUGAUCCUCCUAAUCAAAUCAGGAACACAAUCAGAAUAGAAGCUGGAUUCGCAACUCAUCAGCACAAUCAGCAGAUUCAUAAACAAUUAAAAGGGGUCUCAGGUCCUACUAACCAUCAAGGGUACCAAUCAGAAAAUGGGUUACCUGAGAGGGAGGAAAUGGAUUUACCUGAGACGGUGGAAAACCGGAACAUGCAAGAAGAUGUUGGGGGAGAGCAGCUUCAACCCAGUGCGUCACGGCGGCCAAAUACAGAGGGGGUUAACCGUAUUGGUGAAACCUGGAGGGCAGGUCGAGUGGGGAGCACUGAGGGUCCUGGCCCGAUGCGGGAUGCUGCAAGGCAGAGGGUCACAAAGGCAGAAACAUACUGGCCAGAAUUUCCAAGGAGGAUUCAUCAACAGCGGCGGCAGCACCGGGCUGGGGAGGAGAAGCGUGUAGACAGAAGAUGGCGGGACGUCCCAUUGCAGAGAGGAACUGAGGUUACAAAACGGGAAGAAUGCUUCAGCCUUCAGAUUCAUGCAUCAGCUAGGCCUGGCAAGGAAGAUCCGACGAUGACAGCAACACCUAACAGAGAGGGACGCGAGGAGGACGACAUAGUGGUAGGGUCGGGCACGAGGGAAAGCGGGUAA